AUGGAGGUUAUAGUCGAGUACGAUUAUACGGCAGAGGAGAGCGAUGAACUCACCAUUAAGAAAGGGGAUAUUAUAAAGGACGUUUCUCAGUUUGAAGAAGGAUGGUAUAUUGGUUCUUUGAACGGUCGUAUAGGAGUUUUUCCGGAUAACUUUGUUAAGAUCAAACCGUCGAUUCAGCCAAAAAUAUCACCGAUGGUGACUACUGAUUCUCAGAAGGAGCCUUCAGAAAGUGAAGUGAACAAUAUAUCGUCCGGUGAAUACGAAAACACUAAUCAACCUGGCUCACUUACAAAACCUAAACCCGUUUGUGGUAUAGGUUUAGGUAAUAUAUUCAGUGGUCAACCUAUUCAGCUUAAACAAACAGCUUUGAAGGAAGUGGUGAAAGAAAAUGAAUCAUUAUCGGAGAAGACAAUCGGAAAUAUUAAAACUGCUGAUGAUAACAGUCAAAACUAUGCAAAUCAAGUUCGAGCACGUUAUGAAUAUUCACCAAAACAACCCGAUGAACUGGAAUUACGCGUAGAUGAUAUCAUCCAAGUAUUAGACCGUAAUCUCCCCGACGAUGGUUGGUGGAAAGGUAGAAAUCUGCGAACAAAUUUAGUCGGUAUGUUUCCCGAUAAUUUUGUCGCACCAAUGAAUGGGUCGGUUAGGGAAAUGGAUGAAAAUAAGCUACAGCCUUCUACGAAUCCAGCCUCUCUGUCCAAUAAGAAUGUGUCCGUUAAAACGAUAACUCUUCAAAAUACUAAUGGAUCAGUAAAUGCUAGAAGUCCAAGAAACUCAAAUUCUACAGUUAAUACAUCUCAGUCAAGUUCACUUGUAUCACCAUCACUUGAUACAGGCAGAAAUAUGAAUAAGUCUUUAUCUCAAAUUCCAUCUAGUAAAACUCCUGUUGUUUCGAAUUCCGGUCCACCAACCCAUAAUCAAACCAACAGUUCUAUAAAUAUGAUGACGUCAGGUGGACCACUAUCGUCGGCAACCAGAUCGAAUUCACUGGGUGAUUCAAUAAAUAGCAAUCAGUUAACUCCAGGAAUGAAUCCUAGUCUAAUACAAGCUGGAAGUAAUUUGAUAAUUAAUAAUAGCAAGUGGAGAUCGAAUGACAAACAGGAUUCAUAUGAUGUGUCGAAAUCUCGAAAUGAAAUUCAAAAUGGUGGUGAUGGAGAUGGAGUAUCUGUGGACAAUUCAAAUGUACAAAGACUUGUUGGGCUUACAAGUGACAGGCCACGGCAAACAGGUCGAAGACUCCCUACAAAGUUAUCGAACGCUACCAAUCCAGUUCCAGAUAUGACUAAUUCAACAAAUGUUUCCAGUAGAAAUCACAAUGUGGCAUCCGUAUCAAAUGAUAUGCAAGUGUAUGAUACACCAAUAAACAGGAGCAGCACAACGUGCUUAUCUGAUAGUCAAACUAACCAUGAAGGUAGUAAUGGCUUAAUAAGAUUAGAUCAGUCUGCAAAUUCUAGUGAAUCUAUAGUCAAACAACAAGGGCGUACGAACAACCAUGCUACAAAUCAUACGCGUACGGCGAAUCUACAAAGAAGUGAUGGUUCCAAUGGUUCAAUGGAAUUGGAUCGAAGCACUGAAAACGUUAUGAAUACAUCGAAUCUAGUGGUAUCCAACCGUAAUAAAGGCCAGUCAAAUGAUAUUCAGAAUCAGUUUGAUCAGUUUCAAAAUGAAGUUAGACAACAACUACGUGAUAUUCGACGAGAAUGUGAUUCCCUUAAAGAAACACAUUUACAACUUCGAAAUGACUGGAUAAAAGGACAGAAGAAUCUGGCUGAAAGAUUUCAAACUCUUAUGGAUGAAUUAGAUGAAAUCAAAAAGUUGAGGGCAAACGACGCUGUCGAAUUAACUAGAUUCCGUACAAUAUUGAUGCGAUUAGAUGCAAAUUAUCUCAUUAAUUCAUCUAAUCAUAUCACUCUUGAUAAUACUGGUGCUGAAGAGAAAUUAUACGACAGUGCAAACUUUCUAGGAAUUUCAAACGCAUCAAUAAGUCAAAGAAAUGUCAAUUUUAAAACAGUCUCUAAAGACGAAGUAGAAGAAGAAGAAGACCGUCGUAAUGAUCACAAUGAUAGUAUUUCACCAACAGAUAAACAUUCAUUAACUACCACUCAGAUGUCCUCACAAAAGUCUUCUAUCAAACCAUCACUUAGACCAAGACCUGCACCAGCGUAUGGAAUAGUCAGUACGUCUCGCAGUCGUAGUCAUGGAAAUAAAUUGAUACUCUUACGAAUGUCAAGGUCAAUUGGUUUCGCUGACAAUAAAAGCCUCGAUUAUUUUCACGCAGAAUAUAUCCCAGGACCUGGAGAAUACAAUAUCAACAACAGCAUCGAAAAAGUCACUUCAAAAUUUGGUUCAUUUGGACCUGUACCCAAGAGGAGAUUAAAUCUAAACUUCAAAUCACCAGCUCCAAAUGCGUAUGACUUAUCUUCCGUGAGAAUAAAAAGUAGGCAGGAUUUCAAUCGUGCACCCUUCACACGAGCCUUCCAGCGUGAUGUUGCUAUUAAAUGUGAUCAAUAUCAACAACAGAAACAUCUGCCUGCACCAUGUGACUAUCAGAAAAUAGAGAAAUGUACCAGUGCCAAGGUUGGUAUGGCAGUGUUCAAAUCGAAUUCUGGAAGGCUGUUCGAUUCACCUCACUCAGCAACAUAUAUUCCUGGACCAGGUUAUUAUGAAAUCAGUGCGAAGCGCAAUGAAUCUAAAAUACCUCAUUCAGCUUUUGCAUCAAAAAGUGAACGUUCCACAAUGAUAACAAAAUCCGACUAUCCCGGACCAGGUUCAUAUAACUUGAACAAUAGUAAUAAAGAUAAUUAUUCAACACCGAAGGUGAUCAAACCCCUACCCAUAAAAUUGGCCUCUUCAACAGCCAAUUCAAAAGUUGCGCCUAAAAAUAAAGAUAACUUUCCUGGACCGGGAGCAUACAAUGUAUCAUCAGAUAUAAUAUCAAAACAUUUUAUGUCCAGUUCAGUCUUCUUAUCCAAUGUACCACGCUGGAUAAUGCCAAAUGUUCCAGUUGCUUUGGGUAUUGGGGAUAUGGUUGUGAGUGGUUCAUCACAAACUUGUGCUGGUGGAAUUGACGCUUUACAUAACCCAGGACCAACCAAGUAUAAUCCAAGCCUGCCACAAAAAAUGUCAUUUCACUAUAAUGUGAACAAUGAAUGGGUAUACUGAAAAAGAGACAAUCUUCUUGAUCAAUAUAUUUAUUAUUCCCUGUUCAUUGAGGCUUAUUCAGCAUAAUUUUAAAAAUUCCUCUUUAAUAUAAAACGUCGAUGAAGACUGUUUAAUCAGGUGCAGGAGAAGGUGGUACAUGGAUAGAAAUUCUUAUCAAAGAAGUAUCUUAUUUUUUUGCUGAUAGCGUCUUCAUCCUAGGAUCUCUUUUGUUU